CCGGGAUAGACCAUAAUCAAAUAAAGCGUCGACUUACCUUUUGCUGUACUUGUUUGUAUAAUAGGCGCCGUAUAACAUUAUAUGUGUAUCUUUAUUACAGUGUUAAAAUAAAUCGAUAUCAUAGUUUAAAAAGCUACAGAUUCUUUGUUGACUAAAAAAUUUUAUAAUUUUGUUGUGUGGAUUUUGUAUUCCAGUCAGAAUUGUUGAUGGUAAAAUUGAAAAUGAAAGAGCUGAUAGCAGUUUUCUGCUUGACUUGUGCAGUGGUAGUUCAUGCUCGUGGGAAAUUACCAACUAUCUCCAUUCCUCAGAGCAACAAAUGGCCAAACUCCAAGGUGUAUGUGAGGAACGCUGAUCCUCAAUCAUUCAGUUGUCAAGCAAAAACACCAGCCAAGUAUAGAUGGACUUUCAAUGGCACAGCUGUUGAGAAUGUAACGGGGGUAACAACUGUUUUUGGGAGCAAUGGAACACUUAGAACGGGUCCGUUAUUUGGACUGGCAAACUCGGGAGAUUAUCAAUGUUUUGCUGAAAAUGCUUAUGGCACCACUUUUACACCAAUAAUCCAAAUUCUAGGAACAAUUGCCCUAGCAUUUAAAGGCGGAGAUGAUGAUACACCAAAGAACGUGAAGACUCAUGCAUCAAAGUACUUUAAGAUGGAAUGCAAGGAUGUACCUCUUAGUGUUCCACAGUGGAAUUUCAUUUGGGAAAAAGGAACUUUCAAAGAUGGCAAGUUAACUUCUGGCCCUAUAGAGGACAAUGAGAGGUUGAUUAUUGAUCAGCAAGGUUUUCUACACUUUCUUUGGACUGAGAUGUCAGAUAGUAACUUUAUCUACGCAUGCUCUACAUGGAAUGAUAUACUGCUUAUUAGAGUCAGAAAUACAGAGACUAUCAGUCUUACAGUAGAACGUGGAGAUCAACUUGACCGAACACCAGAGUUGAUGUACUCAGAGAAUGUUCAGGUGUAUGAGGGUGAAGAUGCAGAGCUCAUGUGCAUUUUUACAUACUUCUCCAGUGCAAGAGAGAGAAUGACAGUUGAAUGGUAUAGGUUUGGAAAAUUGGUGGGCGAAGGUCACAAACUAGUAUUGAAUAAAGUUGAUCAGAGUCAUGAUGGACAGUAUAUUUGUAAAGCAGAACUUGGCGGGAAGGAGACACAGUCUAAUUUUGUAUCUCUCAAAGUUGUUGCACCACCAAAAUUUGUUGUUGAACCACUCUCAAAGGAUGUACCAGUAGGAAGUGAUGCUGUAUUGCAGUGCAACACGACUUCACAUAAUUCAUAUACUCAACCCCCAGUCUGGUUCCUGAAUGCUGUACCACUCAUAGGCUGCCCUGAUCGCCAUUUUGAAUGUAAAAAACCGAAGCCCAGUGGUUUCUCUGAGUGUGUUCAUGAGAAAAAAGUAUGUGAUGGCUUACCCGAUUGUCAAGAUGACAGUGAUGAGCAAUUCUGUCCUGGCUCCUGUUCAGAAGAUCAGACGUGGUGUAAUGGAAACUGUAUACCUAAAACCAGUCCCUGCAACGAACUUAUAUGUGACUUCCCAGGGUUUGCGUGUAAUGACAAGAAAUAUUGUUUUCCUGCUGAGAAGAAAUGUAAUGGAGAAGAUGAUUGCCCUGAUAAAUCGGACGAGAUUGGUUGCCCUGGCGGGGAUAUGAUCCAGAGGUCUCGAUUCGAACUCAACUCUGAAAGAACCCAGCUCACGCUGAGAAAUGUAAAACUUGAGGAUUCUGCAUGCCUUCAGUGUCUUGUCAGAAAUGAGUAUGGUUCAUCUAUAGCAGAUGCUUGUCUCACUAUCAUAGACAAGAUUGUAUUACUGAGGGGUCCAAAUUCGACGUACGAUGUUGCACCAGGAAUGGUACUGGAUAUCUAUGCCGAGGCAACCACUGAUAAACAGUGGCAGAAACAGAUGGUGUAUAUAUGGCAGUGGUAUGAGGAAGGGCCAGUUGAUCAGAAAACUGGUCAAACUACAACAAGAGCAGUAACACUACCACCAAAAGAACCAUUUGGGACUUACUUCCGUAUAUCUCAAAAUGGCAAAAGUAUGGUGAUCAAUUUUCCAGAAGUAAGGGAGGACGACCAGGCCAUGUACAAUGUCUACUAUGCGCUUAAAGACAGAGUAUAUACACUUAUCAUUAAACACGACUAUGAUCAAAUUGAAGUCAACUUUACCAUUAAUGGUGUAGAGAUUGUUAAACCAACUGGAGCACCAGUGGUAGAAGCCGCAGCAACAAAUCUCUGGUUUAUAGCUCUUAUCCUCGCCAUACUCAUCUUGUUCAUUGUUGUGGCGCUCAUUGUGUGCUAUAUGUAUAGGAAUAGAGGUGGAACCUAUCCAUUGGACAAGAAGGAACAUCAAGCAGGACAUGAUCCUGCACAGGAGUUAAAGGAUAGUGGCUUACAUGAUGUCGGCAGAAUUGAUGAUGACUAUGAUGAUGAUAAGCCCCGUGCUGAUGAAGCAUCGUUGUCGGAAAGUGUGAAACCGUACGAAUCGGAUGACGACCCAACAGAGGAAUAUGGCGGCGACUUUGAUGUUAGCAAGUUUAAUGAGGAUGGUUCUUUUAUCGGUUUAUAUGGGGACAAGAAAAGUAAAUAUUCAACGAAAGAAGCAACUGUAUAGUGAAAUCGCGUGAUAAAAUCAUCAAACCUGCCUUAUAGUUACAUUUUAUCUUUUUUAAUACGUUACUAUUUUUAACAGUGUGUACAAAAAAAUAAUAUCAUUGAAAUAGUACUAAUAGGCUUGGAAAUAAGAUGUGUAUUGUGAUGUUUAUUAAUUCAAAACAAACAAAUAUAGUUUGAAGGUACUUUUUAAAAUACAUGGUAGAAUUUUUACAGUUGAAGAUUUUGCAAUCGUUCAGUAGUAGGAAAAACUAAAAAAUGUGAAAAAUCUUCAUGGAGCUGAUGAAAUAGAUUUGGCUAGAUAAUGAUGCAGCGUGAGUUAACCAUUCCAGCAGCUGUAUACAGCUGACAUCAUGUGGAUUGCUACGUAGUAUAAUAUUCCUUUCUUCGAUACACAUACUGUAAUUUGGCUCCAUGUUUUGUUUUUGUUUGGUUGGUUUAGUAAGAAACGAUACUAAAUAUGGUCAUAGCAAUGUUUGAAUUUUUUUUGUCAUUAUCAUUCUUUAUGUUGUGUUACUGCUCUUGACUGAUAAGUAUUUGAGGUGAAAGGAAACUUCUUCUUUUUUAACAAAAGCAGAUGUUAACAGCCCAACGGUACACUUUAUAAUCAACACAUGCAUAUGGGUAGUAGCUUGUUUCCUUUUUGAUGACCAAACAGAAUGGGCCUUGUUUUGAUUUUAAAAACAAACAAAAACACACAUUUUUAUUCGAGUCUUGCCAAACUAAGUUUUAUUUUAAAACAUGUCUUGAUGUGAGUUUUAUUUAAAAGAAAAAACGACAGAAAAUGGCAGUAAUUUUUUUUUAUAUAUUAUUUUGGACCCAGAUUUGUUAAGACUUUCGUGAACAAGCUUCCUUAUUCAGAUGGACAUGUACACUUUAAUUCUUGACCAGAAAUGAUGUUGUUUAGCAUAGCAAACAGUUCAUCAAGUCAAAUGGCAUAUAGUUUAUAUUUGUGUGAUAAGCUGUACCUGUAAGGCUGUGUAACUGUUGUCAGUCAUUUUUGGUAAAUUCUGUUAGAACACAAUCUGAACACAAAGAAGUAAAAAUGUGAUGUAAGGUUUAUACUUAAUAGCCUGUGCCAGGGAUGAUAACAGCGAGUUUAAUUUUGAUUUGUCUGUCCGUUUUUUAAGUUUUCACUUCAAAUUUUUGUUCUGUUCAAAUUUGUUGCAAACCACCUUGCUUAAAUUUUUGUGUGAGAGAUGAAGGUGACCCAACUAUAUUGGAUAUAUAAAAAUUGAUCACAUGGUCAGACCAUAGAAAAAAGAUUAUACUUUCUGCAGUGGAAUAUUUUUUUAGUUUAGAAUUGGUUCUGUCUAGUUUUUCCAACCUUGGAACCUGUGUUGUUGUAAUUCAUGAUCAUCAGAAAGUUUCAUUCAUUUCAUGCAGAUAUUUGUGAAAAAAAAUCAGUUAAAGAUGCCAUAUUAGCAAAAAAUUGGUCCACAUGAAAUAUUUUUAUUUUUGUUGUAUUUAGCUUCUAGUUCAGUUUCAAUAAUUUUCAAGAGUUUCUGUGAAUUUCCCAGGUGAAUGUCUGGGAAAUUAUUUAGGUGAUUGUCUGGGAAAUUACAUAGGUGAUUGUCUUGGAAAUUACCAAGGUUUUAUGUCUUGGGAAUUACCCAGGUGGAUGACUGGGAAACAUUAUGUUCUCUGGUUAGAUUUACAGUUUAAGUGAAAUAUAUUUUUAGUUUAGUAGUAUUGUUAGAAAAAAAGUAUUAUUAAAUUCUCUACAGAAUCUUAGGGCUUAUGCUUAUGUUUAUUGUAUGUCAGUAAUAUACAUAAUUUUUAUUUACAAAAAAUAUGUAAUGUAUUGUUUAAAAAGUGUACUUUUUACAGCAACAUAGUGCAAUCAUAUUUUUCACUACGUAAAUAACAGACCUGGCAAGUUUGUGAAUGCAUUUCUCUAGUGUUGUGGCGUGUUAUAGAACUAUUUUUUCUCAUUCAUUGUCUCCGUCCUGUCCUGAAUUGUAACCUUUUCCCUGCUAAAUUUCUAAAAUAGACUUUGUCCAUCAUUCAAUUUGGACAGCACCAAUUUUUAUUCAAAGGGGUGUUCACUGAAACUUUACUGACUGAAUAGCAAAUAGUCUGCACUUGUCGCGAAGGCAAAAUCACUUGCUGCCAGCAGGCUAAAAGUUGAAUAAUGAUCAGUUCUUUAUUAGAUAGUUCAUGUUUAGUUUAAUAUUAUCUUUGGUUUUUAAAAUAGAAAUUUUUAUUUUCACAAUUAGGCACAGUUAUUGUUACAGUGUAAAUUUUGAUUGUUUCUUUCCAUUUUAAAAAAUAAAAUGUUAAUGGGGGAUAGAAAAAAGAAAUACUGGGCUAGUGUAGGAAAUAAUCCACAACUUUGUCAAAUUUUCCGAGUUUCACUCCAAUACUUGAAACCAAAAAAAGCGACUUUUAUCGUAUGUUUGUGUGUUUAUGAAACGCAGAUAAUUUUGUGAUUGUUUUAGGCUAGUUAUCCACUGCACUAUGAUUUUGUCUACAUGAUGUGUCAGUCAUUUGAUUGAUGUUUCUUGAAAGUUUUCGGUAACUGACAAGUCGUAGAUUUUGUUAUUUCCUGGUCCAAUUAGUGUCGUUAACUUUUAUAGCAAAUCAUUUAUGUGUGAGACAGUGUGCCAAUUAAUAAUUUUAACACACAUAAUCAUAUUAUUUUUUUUUCAUAUCCUGACAAGAUUCCAAAUGUUUAUUUUGAUAACUCAGUGUAUUUUAAUGAUGUAAACAUUCCUAAUUAUUCUUAUUAACAUUGCUUUAUCAUUGGAAAUUGUUAAUGUAUUUUCAUUAUUUUUCAUCUUGUUAUUUUCCAUGUGUUGUGCUUAUUGGAUAUCACAUUUUUAUGUACUGAUGGUUACGCUGUAUUGAGUUUCGUCUAAAAUUUGGUUUUCUCAUAAGCUUCUUUCUAGGCUAGGAUUUAGUUUUUGCAUUCCAAGCUACAAGUGUAAUUAAGCUAUACAAUAGAGGUUGAGGUUUCUUGCUUGUCUGGGUGUACACAUAUGGGAAAUCAUUCUGUUUUAUUUUUGUCAAUUUUCAGAACGCCUAAGUUUAUACAGUUUAGCCGUACACAUUCAAAAUGUACUUGUAAACCCUAAAAGUGAAUUUACAAACGAGUAGACUUAUACGUAGCAAAUAACUCCAUUAAAUAUUUCUUUGGGACAGUUUUCAGCAGGCUAAGCUAUGUUUCAGGGAUUUUAUAUACAUAGGUGCACACAUACAAGACUUGAAACCUCAGCCUCUGUAUGGUUGGAUCAUGGUCAUAUACAUUUAGCUGCUCUUAAUCACCUCUAGAUAUAUAUUUAAGGUGUAUGCUUCUAUAUGUUAAACUUUCUUGGUGCAGGACAAUAGUUUCAUGUAGGAAACUUUGCAUUAUUUGAAAUACCACUUCUUUCAUAUCAAACAGGGCUCUUUGUUAAUGUUUAUGGAAGCCAUUCUGGUUCCUCUUGUUUCCUUUUUUAUGCUACCCAAAGUUUUUUUUGGAGUGGGAAGGGGAAUGGGGACUUAAGGUUUGCCCUUGUUUUUCAUAUUUUUCAGAAAGUGAAUGGAAUGAAAUAAGCAAACAUGAAAUUAACAAAUUUGAAGGAAGAAUGGAUUGGUUAUUGUUGUCAUGUGUAGCUUUAACAAUUGAAGGGAGAGAGCACAGAGAGGUUUUAAGAAUUUAAUGCAGAAUAAAUUAUCAAGCUGUAAGAUUGGUUGGGAAAGUACAUAGAGUCAGUCAGCAAGUGCAGAGAGCCUGGACACUCGUAUUUAAAAUAUGCAAGAAGUGGUAAAAUUAUGCCAUCAUAUUUCAGAAUUCUGAUCACAUUUGUACAGAUAUCUUGUAUGUAGUGAUUGUAAUAGAUUUAAUGUAGGAAUUAAGUGUGAUUAUAUAUGUAUAGUUUUCUAAUAAGUGAAAGUUUGAAUAUUUACUAAGAAUUGAAUAUAUCUUUUAUACUGACUAAUGUUUUCAUGUAAUAUUUCAACUUGUUAAAGUUAUGCAACAUUUGUUAUUUUCAUGCAUUUAUACAUGUACUGUUUAAUUUUUGCAGUGUUAUAUUCCCCACCAUUUUGACAGUAUUGUAAGGUAUAUAUGGUAAACAGGUUCUUGAAUAGGGCCUCAGAUUUUUACUGCAAACAGAAAUGCAUAUAUUGAAGAAGAUUUUGAACAGCUGACUGAAAAGUCUCUAGUCUAUCUAUCUAUCAUGCAGAUUCUUCUUGCAUAUAUACUUAGCAGAGGUUUUCCAAAGCAACUAGGAAGAUUAUCCUAGUAUACUAGAUUUAUAAUGCAUACUGGAUACCAUAGUUUCAUUCAGUAAACAUUUAAUUGGAAGAUUUUUUCCAACUUACACUAUAAAACAACAUUUUUGUCUUCUUUUUUCAGCAUUGUGCAGUUGUUUAGGCUAAAAAUGUUACAAAAAAGCAUCAGAUUUAUAUACCUAUCAGUUACUCUUCAUUGUAGGAGAGAAUAAUGAUUUACUCUUCAAUUUAGGAGAUAAUAAUAUUUUAUACUGCUGUAUCAUGUUACAAUGUGCUGUUAAUACCUUAUAUAUAGUUUGUAUUGCAUAACUUUUCUGUGUUAGAAUAUCUCAUUGCCUUGAGCUCUCUGCCAUAUUUACGCUGUCUGUUUUUCUUUUUGUAGAAUUAUGCGAUUCUCUGUGUUUAGCCUGUCUAGCAUUUUUUUUUUUUUUUACUAAAACAUUUGUAUAGUGAAUAUGAGUGCAUUCGCCUGUCCUACUGUCCGACAUAUUAGAUUUGAAUUUUUAAGUACUUUCUCAGGUUUAUGGAGCAAAAUUUUCAUUGCAUAAUCAGUAUUUAUUUUUGACAGUAGGAUCCUAAAUAAAGCAUUGCCUGUUAAUAUAUUACCCUGUUAGCAGUAAGUUGAAAUGUCUCUACAUUAAAUGUGUUUGCAUCAGAUUAUAUAAAUGAGUGACUUCUCUUGAUAAAAGGGACCACCAGUUUGCCAGCUUUACAUUUAUUUUUCAAAAAUGAAAAUAUAAAAGGGUAUUACUAUUAUGUAUACUUGAUAGAAAUCACACUCUUCUGUGAGAUAUGCUCAUUUGCAUUCUCGUCUUUAUGAAGAGUAUAUGUCUUAAACUAUUGCAUCAUUAUUUUUAAGGUUAUUCUUGGAGUAAAUGAAGGAAACUGUCCUAUAAUUUCUAAUUUUGGACAAAGAUUACAGUAAUUAAGUUCGUAUGUCUUUAGUCAACAAAUUGACUGUCUUAGAGAUGGCCCCUUUUACCUUGAUGUGUCACACAUACCUUAUAAAGAGACAAAAAAAGAUCAGGGUAUCCUAGUGAUGCAACUUAUAUAGCACUAAUCAUGCUCAUAACAUUAAUAUACGCAAUUUUUGUUUUACGCUGUAAUAUAUUUUAGCUUAAUCAUCUCAUGUAUAUGUAUGCAAGAUUUUGUAUGUCGUAGUUGUGUCACCAUGGUUACACAUAUUGCCAUGGUUACAUGUGGUUGUCGAUUUAUUGCCAGGUUAAUGUUAUGCCCUCAGUGUAUUUCAAAGAUUUUAUUUAUUUUAAAAUUGUACACUUGCGAAAGGUGAUUUAACCUGGUUGAUUUUUGACCAGUGUUUAUUUUGUAUGAAAAAGAAGAAGCGUCUUUGUUCCAGGAGUUGAUGUAUAGGAAUGUGAAAAUGGGACAUGGUCAAAAUCUCAAUAUACAGACUCGUCAUAUUUUUGUAUCAGAGACAUUUUUUGUUGUAAAUUGACUGUUCAUACUUCCCUUUUCUUUCAUUUUAAAUAUCUGUUCAAUAUGCUCUUUUUAUUGAAUAUUCUAUGUAAAGGUUUUCAGACUGAAUGUGUUAAUAACACAGUGAUAAAUUGAUUUUUAGCUCGACUAUUCAUAGAAUAGUGAGCUAUUGCACUCGCCCAUGCGUCGGCGUCCGCGUCGGUGUCGGCGUCCGCGUCCCGAUUUUGGUUAAGGUUUUGUAUGUAAGCUGGUAUCUCAGUAACCACUUGUGGGAAUGGAUUGAAACUUCACACACUUAUUCACUGUGACAAACUGACUUACAUUGCACAGGUUCCAUAACUCUAUUUUGCUUUUUUACAAAAUUAUGCCCCUUUUUCGACUUAGAAAUUUUUGGUUAAGGUUUUGUAUGUAAGCUGGUAACUCAGUAACCACUUUUGGGAAUGGAUUGAAACUUCACACACUUAUUCACUGUGAUGAACUGAUCUACAUUGCACAGGUUCCAUAACUCUAUUUUGCUUUUUUACAAAAUUAUGCCCCUUUUUCGACUUAGAAAUUUUUGGUUAAGGUUUUGUAUGUAAGCUGGUAUCUCAGUACUUACUAAUGGGAAUGGAUUGAAACUUCACAUACUUGUUCACUAUCAUGAUCUGACAUGCACUAAGCAAGUCCCAUAACUCUACUCUCUUUUUUUUCAAAAUUAUGUCCCUUUUUCGACUUAGCAGUUUUUGGUUAAAUUUUUGUAUGUAAUCUGAUAUCUCAGUACCCACUAAUUGGAAUGGAUUGAAACUUAACACACUUGUUCACUGUCAUGAUCUAACAUGCACUGUGAAGGUCCCAUAACUCUACUUGGCAUUUUUACAAAAUUAUGCCCCUUUGACUUAGCAGUUUUUUGUUAAGUUUUUGUAUGUAAGCUGGUAUCUCAGUAUCCACAAAUUGGAAAGGAUUGAAACUUCACACACUUGUUCACUGUCAUGAUAUGACAUGCAGUACAGAGGUUCAAUACCUCUACUUUGCAUUUUACAAAAUUAUGCCCCUUUUUCAACUUUUGUAUUCAUUCAAUUGACAAGGCUGUUGAAUAGCCGAGCGUUGCUGUCCUCCGACAGCUCUUGUUUUUUCUUCAAGUCUUGCAUAUUAAAGUUUGUCUGAUAAAGUUUAAAUGCAAAAUGUUGAAAAAAUGUCUGAAAUGCAUUUGAACAAGAAUACCAGUGAAUGAAUUUAGUUACAGGAACUAGUCAUAACUUAGCUAAAUGUUAAAGUGUUGUUUACAUUUUACAAAUUAAAAUUCCAAGAAUGUCCUACUUGAAUAAUGUUCUGGGUGGGGAAAGAAGGUACACUUUAGUAAUAUUGACAUUUACUCCUGUGUUUGUCCAGUAUAGAACUACUGUAUUACAAGCAUAUAUAUUAUGUUAACAAAGAGUUUGUUUGAUUUUUUUUCAAAAAGUGCCAUUCCUUGUCUCGUUUUUCUUCAUGUUUUUAGAGGUGUCAAAAUGUACUAGUUGUGAUUUUUUACAGAAUAGAUAAGAAGAGUUUUUCUUGUAUGACAUAUGAAAAUACGCAAAUUCUGACAUUUUUAUUAAGUGGUAUCAGUGUUCGAAGUUCUUUGUGUGACAUAUUAUAAAUUGCUAUUUUUGUUGCCUAGUCAUUUUUUUGCCAUCAUAUGGUGACUAGAGUCACUAUUACUGUAUAGAGUAUUGUAACAUUUCUGUGUUGCUAUAUUUGUUUAGAAAGCUGUACUGUCCCCAAGAUGUUGCUGUGUAUUACUAGAUGUUGUGACGCCAACUUUACCUUAGAAAGGUUGUUAUAUUGGAUAAUAUUUUUUUCUAAAAUGUCCACAUAGUUUAACUAUUUAAUGAUCCUUGGUUAGUGAAAGCUUCUUAAAGAGGUGUAUUUUUAUUAUAGAGCUAUUUCUUUUAUUGAAGAAAUUAUUUUUUUGCUAGAGCAUGUUCUAAUACUAAAGUUGUUGUUAUCUAUCUCUGAACUGAUCACUCCAGUUAUUGUAGAUGAACAUUUCUGUGGGUAAAAAGGGCACAUAAAUUAUGUGAUAAUUUCAGUGUAUGAGUUCCAGUAGCUGUUUUUUAAUUUGGAAAAAAGAAACAGUUAAUACUUAUUUUUGUCUAAUUUCUUUUUGUUUAAUGACCUUACAUUACUGAUAUAAUAUUGUCAUGAUUUGAAAGGGUUUUUUAUCCUCAACAGUUAAGAAGUAUUAAAAGUGAACACUUCUUGAUGUAUGUAAGUCAGAUGAUUUGCUCAGAGAUAGACUGGGAAAUAUUUCACAUAGAGAACUAUAUUUUUACACAGUUUGCCCUUUGUCAUCUUUGUAAACAGUCUGAAAGGUAGUAAUUCAACAUAUUACACUUUUCCUUUGUUACUUAUUACAUCUAUGCAAAUGAAAUCUUAGAGAAAAACACAUAGAAAUGUAGGAAUCUAAUUGUUACACUGUUUUAAAAUAUUUGAACUAAUGUUGGGAAGAAAUGGUUCAAAAACAUUGUAAAUUUCAUCUCUCUGAUGAUACGUUGAUGUUUCUGUUAUUGAUUAUGACAAUGUCCCUUUUUAAACUGUAGAGAAUGCCAUAUAGUUUGAUUGAAUAAAGAUUGCUUCAAAAAAAAA